UAUACAUCCUCAAACACAAACAUGAAGUUGAUUCUCUUCUUAGCAUUCUUGCUUGGAACAACCUCUGCAGAACAAUGUGGACAUCAGGCCGGUGGAGCUCUAUGUCCAAACGGCCUAUGCUGUAGUGAACAUGGAUGGUGUGGCACCACAAUUGCCUACUGUGGGACUGGUUGCCAGAGCCAAUGUGUUGCAACCCCUCCACCACCACCCCCCAAUCCAACCCCGUCCCCGCCUCCACCCCCAAACCCGACUCCGUCCCCGCCUCCGGGAGACGGUGUUGCCAGCAUCAUCAGUGCCACUCUUUUUGACCAAUUGCUUAAAUAUCGGAAUGAUCCGCGAUGUAGAAGCAAUGGAUUCUACACCUACAAUGCUUUCAUUGCAGCAGCAAAUUCUUUUGCUGGCUUUGGCACAACUGGUGAUGCUGAUACACGUAAAAGGGAGAUUGCAGCUUUCUUGGGUCAAACCUCUCAUGAGACCAAAGGAGGAUGGGAAGCUGCACCAGAUGGCCCAUAUGCAUGGGGUUAUUGCUUUAUUGACGAAAAGGACCCGCCCGAAAAUUAUUGUAGGUCAAGCACCGAAUGGCCGUGUGCGCUUGGCAAACAAUAUUUUGGCCGGGGCCCUAUUCAACUCAGUUACAACUACAAUUACGGGCAAGCGGGACAAGCCCUUGGACUUGGACUUAAUCUCCUAAACAAUCCGGAUCUAGUAGCCCAAGACGCAAUCCUAUCAUUCAAGACAGCCAUAUGGUUUUGGAUGACCCCACAGGCAAACAAGCCCUCCAGCCACGAUGUCAUCAUUGGAAAAUGGACACCAACCGCUACCGACACGGCCGCCGGUCGGGUUCCGGGCUAUGGUGUCAUCACCAACAUAAUCAAUGGUGGCCUCGAAUGUGGGCAUGGUCCUGACAGUAAAGUGGAGAGUAGGAUUGGGUUCUACAUAAGGUACUGUGACGAAUUUGGAGUACGCUACGGGGACAACUUAGACUGCAACAAUCAAAGGCCUUUUGCCUAAGCUAGCUGCUAAGAAUUCAAGGUGAAUGAAGGUUCAAAGAAGAAUAAUAAGGAGACAAUACUAUAACUAUGUAAUUGGAGAGAUUUUCUUGUCCACUAAGAAAGUUUCUAGAUUACAGUUGAAUAAAGAAAUAAAGCGUUCAUGAAUUUGU